GAAAGAAAGUGACAUGUUCAUCUACUGCUCACAAUCGCGUUGCCGUAGUUAAUCUUAGCGAUUUCAACUGAAAAGCGCUUGAAAUCUGCAAAUGGCGCAGAGUUUUUGAAACAUCUCAAGUUACAGUUAUAAUCACGCAACCCGUUAAAACUAAUUACGAGCUCAGAAGAGGCUCAUAUUUCACUGGACGUAAGAACUUGCACAUUCACGCUCAGAACUGAACUAGUUCAGAGGACAGCGAGGCCAGGAAUUGAGGUUCUUGUAUCAACAAGUCAGAUAUUUUACCCUAAGCAGGAAUAGAACUCAAACGAGUGGAAAUGGAAUCGUGGAGAGGGAUAAAGCUAUUUCUCGCCGUUUUCAUCCUCUCGUCUUUUCUCAAGAAUGAAAGUAUCGCAGGUAGGUGUGCCAAGAACUUCUACUCUUCUCGCUAUUAAACGCGUUUCAUACAAAUAUAACUGUGAUUUAGACUAACAAAAUCAUUUCGCCUCGCUAAAUUUAACAGCUGAAAAGUUCCGGUAAGCAUGUUCGACGAAGUAGAGAAAGCUGAGAUCAAUAACACUUAAUUACCGAUUGAAUUAAAUCAAAUUAAGAGUCUACAAUUUCGAUUCCUGAUAUGGUUGAUUGUGUUUUAUUUCCGAUAGUCCUUUGCCACCUCACGCGAAACUAUCGCUCAUUUCAAGAUGGUUUUGUUGCAAUUUUGUAUUAGCAUAUUACGUUACUCUGCCAAGCAAGGUACAUGAAUAUUAACAAAACCGGCUUUUAAAUCUCAUUUUCGAGAGCAGAACUGACUUUUCCGCCCAUGGAGUAAAGACUUAAAAGUAAAAUGUAAACUUUGUUUAAGAGAAAAACUUCGCGUGGCAGAGAUGGAAAACCACUUCAAGGAAGGUUGUUAGAGUGAAAAGUUACUGGAAAUCUACGAGUAAACAGGCGAUUGUGUGACGUCCACAAGGUCACACACAAGCUCAAUUAUCCAUCCGUUUCACGAAGAAUAUCCCUGUCUACAUCACAAGUGAUUACCGAUUUUAAUCGCUUAAAUAAGAGAUAUUUAGCGAUCAGUUAUAUUUUGUGAGAAAGACUUAAGGACAAAUAAGGUGUUCUUUGGAAAUCAAAUAGAGGAGACAUUGUAAAUGACGCCAUUUUCGAGUUUUAGCAUGUCUUAAAAGCUGUUGUUUUUCUGAGUAUAGACAACAAGUUUGAGUUAAUUGAGUUUUCUGUCAAUUCUCAUAAAAUAUGUCAAAUGAGUUUGUUGAAGUGAAUUCUCGAAUUAACAAAAAGUGUUUUACUCAAUAGACAUAUUCGCGGCGUUCUUGGUAAACUAAUACUUCUAAAUAUAAACUAAUACUUAUAAAUAUAAACUUAUACUAAAGUGCUAUAAUUUUUCUGACUUUCUUACAUCUGAAGCCUAUUUCCUACUAACUUAGAACUUGAUAGCCACACGAAACAAAUUAAUUUUAGAUAGAUUGAUUGAAAUUCACGGCAUGACAGAGGCAGCUGAGAAAACAAAUGACUUUGCAGCUGAGGAAACAAAUGACCCUCGUGAAUGAUUGUCUAAACUGCUUGUUAACUCUACCAGUCCUGGAUAUUUUUUUCGUUCUGACUGAUGGGAAGAGGGUUCAGUUAAGUUCAGGGUUUCAAGAUUCAGUAUCCAGAGAAGGUUCCCUGAUAGCAGAACAGUUGUAAUUGACUGCAUUUCUAGUUUAAUUCGUCUUACAUUUCAGGGCGACUCGAUCCUGUUAAUUCACCGUAAAUAUAUGAGAUCGUUUUACGCGUCUAUUAAAAUCCUUCUUGCAAAAGGGUUCGGAAAGCAAAUGGGCUAACAGUCGUUCAGUAGACUUUGCUUAACAACACUUUGAAGACAUAGAAAUAAUAACGACUUUUUUAAACAGGUCCAACUGCAGUAUCAAGUCUACAAUGCUACACCUGUUAUGCCGAAACUUCGUGGAAAGACUGUGAUAAGGUUAAAACUCUACACGUUUGCAGAGAGGAUGACGAUGUUUGCGCCAAAGUGGAAAUUAACCAAGGAUACAUAAAUGGAACUCUUCGUAUACAGUACUCAAGGCACUGUGCAACUGCAAGUUAUUGCAGCAACAAAGAAUGCAAAAGUUAUGGCUGGGCUUGCAAAAUAGAUUGUUGUCACGAGAAUAAAUGCAAUACAGGCCCUACCACCUGGGCUAACUUGAUGCUGGUAGUUGCAAUAUUUUGCCUACAGGCAAUAAUUCAUUAAAUAAAAAAUAACUCUUUAAAUUUUCUCAAAACUUGAUCUAUGAGAAAUUACUUUUCAAGACAGGAAAACUUGACGUUCAUGCAUUGCCUUGUUUGCUAGAUAUCUUGAUUAGUUUAAAAAGUUAGAGCAAAAUUGGAGUAGUUUCAUUGGAUCAAAGCUUCCCUGAAAUCAAAUAUCUUCAGCUGUCUUAAAAUCCUUUUUACUGAAACAUCUGAAGUUUCUUUGAAAUAUUUAAUUGGGGAGAAUCUUUCCCCUUUGAUAAGCAAGUGAUGUUUUGAGUACUGCAAAUCCUAAGUUCUCUUAACUGAGAACACAAUUAGAAGCAUAAGUCACACUGCAGGUGAUGUUUUACAACUUUUUGUGAAGAACCCAUUUUCUCUAGAUGCUGGUGUUAUCACAUGUACCUGUGUAUUCAACACCAGAAUAUUGUUCACUCUCUGCUUCUUAUCAUAACAUGCACAUGAAUUAGUGAAUACAUUGAGAAGAAUAAACUGUUUGAGAAACUACUAAAAGAAAAUUGAAAAACUACACUUUAUCAAGAACCUAGUGCAUAGUAGCCAUUAGUUGGUUGAAGUUGUGGUAUAGUUCACUUGUGUAAGGAUUUUAACCUAAUCAUGGUAUACUGUGUAUAUAGAAGUAACAUUUAUGGCCAGCAAGGAGUAGAAAUGAGGGGGAAGCCACUUUAAAUUUAUACCAUUUUACAUAUUUACUAACCUAUUUAAAAGAUAGACUGUUUAACAUUGAUAAUAUAUGUACAUCUCUAAUAUAAUAUUUCAUUGGUAGAAUAAUUUUGAACAACAAUGAUUAUUAUCAAUAUUUAAUUCAACUGUAUUUCAAAGCUUCUUCAAUAAACAUCAAAAAGACUUCUUAACA